GAAUUGCCAUUUUUUUUCUCUUUCCGAGCCGACGCUCAUUGUUAGCCUGAGAAUCUCAGUGUUGGGGUUCGAAUCAAGCUCAAAGACGCGGGCGUGAUUUCCAUUUCGUGGCAUCCAUGGAAGAAAUACUCAUUUGGAAUCGUCGCAACCAUCUCGACUUCCGAUCUCGCUUCUUAUUUGAUUUGUAAUAAUUUAAAGAUGGUGAAUGAUCCACACAUUGGGCAGCUUUGGCCUGCCAACGAAAUCCAUGAAUCUUUCAUUUGGUUGCUUGCGAGUCAUUUUGAGCCCUCUUCUGGUUACUUUAGUGUAGAGCUAUAAAAUGCCAAUAUCAUCUCUCAUUGUCAAGCGAUCCUUCUGAAAAAGAUGACUGCGAAGAAAAGAAGAAAGGGGAAGAGAGACUGGCGAGCCUGAGCUGUACAAAUGUUGAAUGCUGAGCUGUUAUUGGUUGUGUACUAUAUACCAAAUAACUUAAUCUCUGAUGAACAACAAGUACAGAAUUGCCGUUGCAGUUUUGUUCAAUCGAUUUGCUGCAGAUUGUCUGCAGAUAUGGCCUCUGAUGGCAGCCUUAGCGUUGUGGUUUCCACAUCUCCUAAACAUGGCAACAGAGAUGCUGAGACCGUGAGGUCGAGUUCGCCGAAAGGCCAGUGUUUAUGCUCACCCACGAUGCAUCAAGGCUCCUUUAGGUGUCGGCUUCAUCGUUCGAUGUCAUCGGCAUGGAUGAAACGAUCGAAAUCAAUGCCUGCCGACCACCCUGUGGCUUCUCUUUCUUCCAAAGAAUCUCUUGGAUCAUCCUAAGGGCCUGUGCAUGAAGCUAAGUACAUGUACCACACCUUAAACUUAUAUCCUUCUGGUUCUCUCAAGUUGUGGAGAAGAAAAGCUUUGAUCUUAUAUCUCAACUUUGUUUGCAAUGGAUUAUAUAUAACAUAUUUGUGUGUUCACGCAUGCAAUGCUUAUCUGUGUA